AUGAGCGGCCAGAGGUUCACUGUCUCCAAGAGCGGAGACGAGCAGCCCGCAUCCAUCCAGGGGGAGGUGAACCAGCUGUUUGAAGGAGACGACCCGCCCGGAACCAGCGACCGAGGAGAGCCGAGUGCAGCGGGAGGAGAGCCGCGAGAGCCGGGAGAGCCGCGAGGAGAGCCAGCUGCAGCCGGGGCCGAGGUGCUCGUGCUUGUCAAAGGCGACAGUAACCCCAAAGAGAGCAGCCCCUUCAUCAACAGCAGCGAUGCCACGGCCGAGAAAAGCCAACAGUACGACGGCAAGAACAUGGCUCUGUUUGAGGAGGAGAUGGACACCAGCCCCAUGGUGUCGUCUCUGCUCAGCAGCCUGGCCAACUACUCCAACCUGCCCCAAGGAAGUAAGGAGCACGAGGAGGCGGAGAACAACGAGGCGACGGAGACGCGCAAGAAGCCCGUCAAGGCUCCGCAGCUCGGCACUCUGAUGGGCGUGUACCUGCCGUGUAUCCAGAACAUCUUCGGGGUCAUCCUCUUCCUCAGAAUGACCUGGCUGGUGGGCAUCGGCGGAGUCAUCGGGACCUUCAUCAUCGUGUUCAUGUGCUGCUCCACAACGAUGCUGACUGCCAUCUCCAUGAGCGCCAUCGCGACUAAUGGAGUUGUUCCAGCGGGCGGCUCGUACUACAUGAUCUCACGCUCGCUGGGCCCUGAGUUCGGAGGAGCGGUGGGGAUCUGUUUCUACCUGGGGACCACCUAUGCCGGGGCCAUGUACAUCCUGGGAGCCAUCGAGCUGCUCCUGAUCUACAUCGUGCCCAAAGCCGCCAUCUUCCCUCUGGAGGGUCUGGAGGGUCCGGAGGCGGAGGCGGCGCUGCUCAACAACAUGCGAGUGUACGGGACCAUCCUGUUGACCUCCAUGGCCACCGUCGUGUUUGUCGGAGUAAAAUACGUCAACAAACUGGCCCUGGUGUUUCUGGCCUGCGUCAUCCUCUCCAUCCUGGCCGUGUACGCCGGAGUCAUCAAGACCGCCAUCGACCCGCCAGAGUUCCCAGUGUGUCUGCUGGGGAACCGCACCCUCAUGUGGAAAGGCUUCGACGUUUGUGCCAAGACGCUGGAGACGGCCAACGGGACGGUGACCACGCAGCUCUGGCAGAUGUUCUGUGAUUCGCCGUACCUGAACGCCACCUGCGACAAGUACUUCGUCGCCAAUAACAUCACUCAGAUCCAGGGUAUCCCGGGGGUCACCAGCGGCAUCCUGUCAGAGAACCUGAUGCCGACGUACUACGAGAAAGGAGACCUGAUCGCCCGAGUGAACAUGGAGUCAGCGGAGGACGUGGACGACCCCCUGACCAGCUCAAACCGCUACGUGCUCGCAGACAUCACCAGCUUCUUCACGCUGCUGGUGGGCAUCUACUUCCCGUCGGUGACAGGCAUCAUGGCCGGAUCCAACCGCUCUGGAGACCUGCGUGACGCUCAGAAGUCCAUCCCCAUCGGGACCAUCGCCGCCAUCACCACCACCUCCACGGUCUACAUGUCCAGUGUGAUCCUCUUCGGCGCCUGCAUCGAGGGCGUGGUCCUCAGGGACAAGUUUGGUGAGGGGGUCCAUGGGAACUUGGUGAUUGGGACGUUGGCUUGGCCGUCUCCGUGGGUCAUCGUGAUUGGCUCGUUCUUCUCGACGUGUGGGGCGGGGCUUCAGAGUUUGACCGGAGCUCCCCGCCUCCUCCAGGCCAUCGCCAAAGACGGGAUAGUGCCGGCGCUGAGGAUCUUCGGGCACGGGAAGGCCAAUGGCGAGCCCACAUGGUCGCUGCUGCUGACAGCUUGUAUUUGUGAGAGUGGCAUCCUCAUCGCCUCCCUGGACUCGGUGGCUCCCAUUCUCUCCAUGUUCUUCCUGAUGUGCUACAUGUUUGUGAACUUGGCCUGUGCCCUUCAGACUCUCCUGAGGACGCCCAACUGGAGACCACGCUUCAAGUUCUACCACUGGGCUCUGUCCUUUUUGGGGAUGAGUUUGUGUCUCACUCUGAUGUUCCUCUGCUCCUGGUACUACGCCAUCGUCGCCAUGGUGAUCGCCGGCUCCAUCUACAAGUAUAUCGAGUUUGCAGGGGCGGAGAAGGAGUGGGGCGACGGGAUCCGCGGUCUGUCUCUGAGCGCCGCACGUUACGCUCUGAUGCGUCUGGAGGAAGGUCCACCUCACACCAAGAACUGGAGGCCUCAGCUCUUGGUCCUGGUCAGCACAGACUCAGAGCAGAACAUCGAGCAGCCGCGUCUGCUCUCGUUGACCAACCAGCUGAAGGCGGGAAAAGGCCUGACGAUCGUGGGCACCGCACUGGAGGGAACCUACCUGGAGAACCACGACAGGGCACAGCGAGCAGAGCAGGCGCUGCGUAAACUGAUGGAGACAGAGAAGGUGAAGGGCUUCAGUCAGGUGACCGUCUCAUCAAACCUGCGAGACGCGACGUCCCACCUGCUCCAGGCCAGUGGACUGGGAGGACUCAAACACAACGCUGUGCUGGUGUCCUGGCCACGCAACUGGAAACAGGGAGACGAGCACCAGCACUGGAGGAACUUCAUCGAGCUCGUCAGAGAAACCACGGCGGCUCACCUGGCUCUGCUCGUGCCCAAGAACAUCUCCGCCUUCCCGUCCAACGGCGAGCGCUUCACCGAGGGUCACAUCGACGUGUGGUGGAUCGUCCAUGAUGGAGGGAUGCUCAUGCUGCUGCCCUUCCUCCUGCGCCAGCACAAGGUUUGGAGGAAGUGCAAGAUGCGCAUCUUCACUGUGGCUCAGAUGGAUGACAACAGCAUUCAGAUGAAGAAGGACCUGACCACGUUCCUGUACCACCUCCGGAUCGACGCCAUGGUGGAAGUCGUAGAAAUGCAAGACAGUGACAUCUCAGCCUACACUUAUGAGAAGACCCUGGUGAUGGAGCAGCGGUCACAGAUGCUCAAACAGAUCAACCUGACUAAGAACGAGCGUGAGCGAGAGAUCCAGAGCAUCACUGACUCGUCCCGUGGGUCGAUCCGUCGUAAGAACCCGGCCGCGGUCACCACUCAGCUCAGUGUGACGGAGGAGCCCCCGGCCGCCAGCAAAGAGGAGAAGCCCGAGGAGGAGGUGCAGCUCAUCCACGACAACACCACGCCCGCCAGCCCCGCCACCCCGGCCACCCCGCUCACCCCCGAGGAGGUGCAGAGUCCCGGGACGCAGGUCCAGAUGACCUGGACGGAGAAGUGUGACGGAGAAGCAGCGAAACCUCCUGGAGCAGCUACACCCGAGGGCCUCAAAGACAUCUUCAACAUGAAGCCGAACCAGUCCAACGUCCGACGUAUGCACACGGCGCUGAGGCUCAACGAGGUCAUCAUGAAGAAGUCCGCUGAGGCCAAGCUCGUCCUGCUCAACAUGCCCGGGCCGCCGCGGAACCGGACAGGAGACGAGAACUACAUGGAAUUCCUUGAAGUCCUGACCGAGGGUCUGAACAGGGUGCUCCUGGUCCGUGGAGGAGGCCGGGAGGUCAUCACCAUCUACUCCUGAAAAACCAGCCGCCCAGGACCCCGCCCCCCCCUGAAGCCCCUCCUCCUCUCUCAUCCUCUCCUCCUCCUCUUCCUCCCAUCCUCUCGACAUAUCUCUGUGUGCCGACCGCCUCACCCCUGCCCUCUCACCCCUGCCCUCUCACCCCUGCCCUCUCACCCCUGACCUCUCACCCCUGCCCUCUCACCCCUGCCCUCUCACCCCUGACCUCUCACCCCGCUCAGCUUUUGCACCCCAGCGGCGUCACACUGUAGUCAUUCAGCUCCUAUAACCAACGUAGGCUCUAGGUCGACUUAUAGAUGCUACUACCUAUAUUUGUUUUUCUUUUGGUCUAUAUAACUUUCCUUUUGUACCUCACACCGAGACGGCGCCGGGCGGUGGCGAGGUGGAGGUGUGAGCACAUACAGUAUGCAUGGGCACUGGUUGUUGUUUUUGUUUUCCUGACCUCUCCAACGCUUGUCUUAUUUUCUUAAAAAAUUGGAUGGCGUCUGUUUGGAAGAUUAAGGUCGGUUUCCCCGUGUAAAUGGACACCUCCGAUAGUCUUUAAUGUGGUGACGUUUCGAGGCUGAAGACGAUCCCUCAUCACGACCACCAGCUUGAAAGAACUUUACCUUCCUCGAGAGUGAGUGAAAAAACGAGCUGCCGCGCUAACGUCCCACAGGCCCCGCCCCCUUCAGCAUGACGUCCUCUUAACUGUGUGUGAUCCAUGUGUUCUGUUGAAUGCUGUGUUUUCUUACUACUCAUUUCUUAGUGGCUGUUUAUUCCCGUAGCCACUGUUAGUGCCAAAAAACAACGCCGAGGCUAGCUUAGUUCAUAGAGAUUGACACGUACUUAUACUGUGAAUCGUGUGUUUUACUCGUGGAAAGGCCGGUGUGACACAAAGUGGGGAGACGGUCGUAGGACGAGCCCCUCGUGUGGACCACUGUAAAUAAUGUACAAGCUCUGACGCGGUGUUUGGUAUGACUGUAUUUUUGUGACAUUCU